AUGGACUACUCGUAUCUGAACCAGGCCGCGGCCGCGGCGGCCGCCGGCUUCGAGGCGUCCAGCUGCGCCCUGGCCGCCGGCGAGAUGCAAUGCAGCUACGGCGACCUGAGCUCGUGCUCGCAGAUGAGCCAGGCGGCUUAUCGCUACACCGCGGCACGGGCCGCCGGCUAUCCCGGUAACGCGGCGGCCGCCGCCGGCGCCGCGGCCGCGGCCGCCGGCACGCCGCUUACGGCCCAUCAUACCGCGCACUCCCACACCCACGCGCACCACGGGGCCCACUCAACCCCAUGCUCCGUAAUGGCCGCCAGGUCCCAAGAAGUUCACCGGCACGCCGCCUCCAUCUUCCCGUCGGCCAUCAAUCUCCAGAGUGGUUUGGGAUAUAAAGCUUAUUCAGGGCAUGAUGGCCUCGCGGAGAAGAGGAAACAACGUCGGAUACGAACAACAUUUACGUCAGCCCAGCUGAAAGAACUGGAGCGUGCAUUCCAGGAGACGCAUUAUCCAGACAUCUACACCAGAGAAGAAAUCGCUAUGAAAAUCGAUCUGACGGAAGCCAGAGUGCAAGUAUGGUUCCAGAAUCGGCGGGCGAAGUUUCGCAAGCAGGAAAGACUGGCCCAGCAAAAGUCGACGUCGCAGAGCGGCAUCGGGGCCGACAGCGGCGCGUCUAGUCCCGUCACCGGCACUGUCAAAGCGGAGGGACGCUCGCCGAGGAGUCCGGCGACGCCGCCGGGUAGCUCGAACAGCGUUCUGUCGUCGAACGAGAUCAAGCCGAUCGCCAACCAGAGCCUGGUGAACGUGAAGCACAGCGGGGACGGCACCGGCGACGGCACCGGCUCGCCCAGCGCUCGCAGCAGCGGCGGCGGCAGCGGUACCUGGGGCUCCUGCAGUCCCAGGCCCUUCUCGGCGGCCUUGCCGCCCUACCUCCUCGAUCCGUUGCCUCUGAAGACCGCGAAUCUCUAUUAAAUCAGUCUCUCCAUAUCGGCCCGGCCGGCGUGUGGUGUAAAUACGAGAAAGAGCCGCUCGAUUCUCGCGAACACGCGGAAACGACACCGUGUUCAGGGAGAGGUCUUUUUUCUUUUUUUUUUUCUCCCGGGCCCCAGUUUCCCGCAAUCGAUCGGCUAUAGUCCAAACCGUAUACGCGCGGUAUCCUUGAAUAUUCAAAGGACCUCGAUUAGGACGCACAUAUUUUUGACAGAGAUACCUUAGACAGUCGGGAAAACGGGAAACAGAUGUGGAUUGCUUGCUUUGAAGCAGCGUCUGUUAAGAUAUAUUUCAAGCUUUGGACGCACGGGAGAUAUAGAGCGUUAUUCGAAUGACGCGAAUCGAGCUGUUAGAAUCAAGGUCGAGGUAAAUAUCAUUUAAUAAAUUUUGGUAUUAUUGUACGAAGAAUGAAGACAUUAGAAGGAAGCCAAUUGGAUAUUGUCUUUUAAAUUUUUGCCGGAGAAGAAAUAAUUUUUGACACAUCAAAUUUCAAGGAAAUGUAGUGUGCUAUGCUUGUUUGGCAUUCCUGUGAUAAGUGUAUAAAUAUUUGAGUAAUAUAUUAUUAAUAUAUAUAUUUCCUUGAUAACUUUUUGUAUUAUCUUAAUAUGUUGGCGUAUUUGUAGAUAAUAGUUAUAUCAUGUGAAAUAUUAUUUCUGCCAUAUUCAUACAGAUGUUGCAUUGUAUUUAUGUUGUACCAAAGAGUAAUUUUAAAAGGAGAUAUAACUUGGGAAAUGCUGCUUUAAAGUAUCGCUAUCUAGUUUGAAAUUGAAACUACUGAUCCAAAAUAAAAUGAAAUGAAUGGAUUUAAACUCGUAUCAGAUUCAAAUUUUGAUUAAUAUUAUAGAGAAUAAUAGAGUUGCAAAGCAUCAAUUUCAGAUAUAAAUGUUAAUGUUCCCGAGAAAUCAAACCGAAACAAGAGAUUGUAGAAUAUUAAUUUUUUUUUAAAUAUAUCUGACUUGUGCAAAUGCAAACAAUCCCAUAUUUUUGAAAUACAAAAAAAUUAAUUUAAACGUAAUACAUUUUAAAUUAUGAGUAAAGAAUUAAGUAAAAGAAGACACUUCCUUUACGCACACGCAAAUUUAUUAUUUUUAUAUCUCCUUAAUUUUUGUAAAUAAAUUCUUUUUCCGGAAAAAUAUUUAAUGAAGCAAUAAGUUUGAACGAAAUAAAUUCAUUCUACUAGAUAGAGAAUUAUUGUCUUCGUUAAUUCAAUUAUAAGAUAUAAUCUGAAAAUAAUCUAAAUAUAUUACGUCAUUUUCGAUUACUUACUCUUUUCAUUAUAAUUAUAUGUAUAAGGAAGAAAACUGAGCUUUAUAUUCGAAGCGAUGAAAACGCUACAGAGCAUCACUAUAAUUCUCGAGGGACGUUAAACUCUCAUUUCUGGCAUGUGCUUCUCAUCUCUAUUAUUUUUCUUCGAUAAUGCCGAGGUAGAAUUAACAAGAAACACAGCGUAGAAUAAUAUGUAUAAAAAUACUAUUAAUCUCGCCGACGUUACACACCGGAUUUAACUAACACUUAAUUCACCAAGAUUGAUUUGAAUAUUGAAAAUUAUAAUCAUGUCGCGAGAAUCUACUGCGAUAUUAAUUAUGUAACAAGUAGCAGAGAACACUUAUAUUUCCACAGUGAAAUCCUUGAUACAAAUAUCGAGUGUAUUUUGCGCUGAUUUAAUGCAAUUACAACGAUUCUGUCGAAUAAUUGAUCGAUUAAACAUUAAAACAGCGAUCAAUAGAGAAAAAGGGAAAAGAGCGAAAUUUUACUUGGUGUCGAUAUAAAAAUAAUUCUCGAUAUAUGAAAAAAUUUAUUUUAUGCCAAAUUAAAAAAGAAUUUCUGAAAAUUAAUUUAUAUUAAUCAGUUUUAAUUAAUUUUUAAUUAAUUUUUGUUAAUUUAGAGUUGAUUGAGUUUUUACAAAUUUAUCAAAAUAUUUUCCAGCUACAUUCAAAAUAUCUUCUCAAACUAUCUAAAAUUCGAUAUAACUAAAGCCAAAUUCAAUUAAAAUUUUGUCAGUUUGACUGGCUAUUAAUUACGUUAAUUCUAUAUACACUACUUAAAAAAAAUAGGAAACAUUUUUUAUACUCUACAAAUUGGGCUAUUUUUAAACCGCUGAAACUUGACAAAAAAUCGUAAACACAAAAUUAAAAAAACAUUUUGAAGCUUGAAAUUUCAACUUUGAACAUGCUAUCAGUGAUUUAAAAAAAUUUUGUUAUUUUCCUUAUUCUGUGCUUUAAAAAAGAACAUAGUUUUGUUCCUUAAAAUUUGUUUCCUUAAAAUUAUGUAUCUUUGACACUCUGCAAAUUGAUAAAAAAAAUUUCUUUUAAAAAAUUUAACUCAAGUUCAAAAACUGCAACAUUUUGCCUAUAAAAUGCUUUUUAAAAAUUUCUUACGAUUUUUUUACCAAGUUCUAUGAAACUAAACUAUAUUUUUCUAUAAUGUCGAUAGUCGACGAAAAAUCAUCGUAGACAAAAAAAUAAAAAAAUAUUUUGAAGCUUGAAGUUUCAACUUUAAGGCGCUGUCAGUGAUUUUAAAAAAUUUUAUUAUUUUCUCAUUUCUAAAAAAUACACAUUGGUCAAAAAAAUCGUAGAAAAAUUUUUGCAAAAGUAUUUUGUAGGCAAAAUGUUAUAAUUUAUGGAACUUGAAUUAAA